UACUUCGAGAAGUCCCGUUACGAGGAGGCGGUCAAGUACUUCACGGAAGCGCAUCGACACGAACCCCACCGCCUGCAGGGCAUGGAGUACUUGAGUACCGCUCUCUGGCAUUUGCAACGAGAAGUGGAGCUCUCAAUACUGGCCCAGGAGUUGAUUGAAUUUGAUAAGCAAUCGGCGCAGACGUGGUGUGUGGCCGGCAAUUGCUUCUCACUCCAGAAAGAACACGAAACGGCCAUCAAAUUCCUUCAGCGGGCCAUUCAAGUGGAGCCGGACUUUGCGUACGCGUACACACUGUUGGGUCACGAGUGGGCCGUCACCGACGAGAUGGACCACGCGAUGAGCUGUUUCCGUAACGCCACUCGUAUCGAUCCGCGCCAUUACAACGCCUGGUAUGGCAUUGGAAUGAUUUACUAUAAACAGGAGAAGUUCUCGUUGGCUGAACUCCACUACCGGAAGGCGCUGGAGAUCUCGCCCUUCUCUCCGGUGCUCAUGUGUCACAUCGGAGUCGUACAGCACGCGCUCAAGAAGUCCGAGUCGGCGCUCAACACUCUGGACGUGGCCAUCAAAAUGGACCCGAAGAACGCGUUGUGUAAGUUCCACAGGGCGUCCAUUCUGUUCGCUUUGGACAGACAUCCGCAGGCACUCAGAGAGCUCGAAGACCUCAAACAGAUUGUGCCAAAAGAGUCCUUAGUUUACUUCCUUAUAGGAAAGGUGCAUAAGAAGAUGGGUGACACUCACUUAGCACUCAUGAACUUCUCGUGGGCUAUGGAUUUGGACCCAAAGGGCGCUAACAAUCAAAUCAAAGAAGUAAUCGAUAAACAGUAUGCAAACGAUGACGAAGAAGUGGUGGUCCACUUGGACCCGACGGAAACGGGUCGCAGCGGCGGCUCCAGUAGUUCCAGACAUCGGUCCAACUCGUCGUCUAUGGAGGCCGAAGAGUCGCUGCUCAACGAUGUCGAGGCCAUGAUUGACGACAGCACUUGAAUUACAAGUUUUAUUAUUAUAUAAAAUAAAAUUAAACUAUAAUUAAUUGAUAUAAUAUUUCAAUUUAUUUACAAAUUUUAAAACAAUUAUUUGCGAUAAAAUACUUUUAAAAAUAUAUACAAAAACAAUAUAAAUAUCAAUCAAAAUAAUUACUAAAUAUAUAAGAAAUAAUAAAUAAUUGGGUUUUAAUUUAUGACAAUUUAUCCGCGAAUAGCAAUACUUAGUCCAC